GAGAAGCGGACAGUCGGGACAGCGAUGGGCCGCAGCCGAUAUUUACCCCAAAUAAAUCAAACUACCGGCCCUCAGUCGUUCGAGAUGGACUAACGAUAGUUACGGUGUCUUUUAAUGCCGAUAAACGUCCUACGUGUCUGUAGUUUAACGUCACAGCGGAAGAGUUGCGCUCAACUUUAACGGGACUGUCCUUCCAGCGGGAGGAAGUUCGGGACGCCCCCCGACAUGGAGGACCCCGGCUCGGCCCUGGAGAAGAACGUCGCGGACCUCACGGUGAUGGACGUGUACGACAUCGCCGCGGUGGUGGGCCAGGAGUUCGAGCGGAUCAUCGACCAGCACGGCUGCGAGGCGCUGUCCCGCCUCAUGCCCAAAGUGGUGCGCGUGCUGGAGAUCCUGGAGGUGAUGGUGAGCCGCGGCUGCGUCCGGCCGGAGGCCGAGGAGCUGCGGCUGGAGCUGGACAAGCUGCGGCUGGAGCGGCUGGAGCGGCUGGAGAAGGAGCGCAGGCACCGGAAGGAGUUGGAGCUGGUGGAGGACGUGUGGAGAGGAGAGGCUCAGGACCUGCUCACCCAGAUCGCCCAGCUGCAGGAGGAGAACCAGAGCCUGCUCACCAACAUGGCCAACAAGGACCCCAUGAGCGAGGAGGACCUGCAGAGGCACGAGGGUAUGACGGAGAGGGAGCGGCAGGUGAUGAAGAAGCUGAAGGAGGUGGUGGACAAGCAGAGGGACGAGAUCCGAGCCAAGGACCGCGAGCUCACGCUGAAAAACGAGGACGUGGAAGCACUCCAGCAGCAGCAGUCUCGCCUCAUGAAGAUCAACCACGACCUGCGCCAUAAGAUCUCCGUGAUGGAGGCUCAGGGGAAAUCGCUGAUCGAGCAGAAGGUGGAGCUGGAGGCCGGCGCUCAGACGCGGGGGCAGGAAGUCGGCGCCCUGCGGCAGGAAGUCGCCCGUUUGAGGGAACGGCUUCAGGGAGACCUGCCCGGCAAGAACCCUGAGGAACCCUCACCGGCAGAGCGUGGUCAAGCUGUGGUUCUGGGGGCCGAGGGCGGGUCGGACAGACCCGGGUCCUCUGAGCCGGUGCUGGGCGGGUCGGACCCGUCCUCGGCCCGACCGCCCGGUUCCCUCAGCCCAGAGGGCCACGAGGAUGAGGACGAGGAGGAAGAGGCGGUGUUGCUUUGGGAGGCGAUGUGCGCUGAGGACAUGCCGGCUGUGUUCCAAUAUUUUACAAAGGAGGCGCUGUGCGAGGAGGACGCGGCCGGCCUGGACCCCCUGGACCCCAACCGGCCCCGCUUCACGCUGCAGGAGCUGCGGGACGUCCUCCACGAGAGGAACGAGCUCAAGGCCAAAGUCUUCCUGCUGCAGGAGGAGCUGACCUACUACAAGAGCGAGGAGACGGAGGACGACAUCGUCACCACGUCUUCGUCUCCUUCGCCCGAGCUGAGGACUCGCUCCCGCUCCUCGGCCCAGCCGGAGUCCGGAAUCAAGCGGCUGUUUAGCUUCUUCUCGCGGGACAAGCAGCGGGGGGGGGACCCGGACGCCGGCCUGGGCUCGUGGCCGGGGAGAGACGGCGUGUACACGGAGCAGGCCCAGGAGGCCCUGCAGCACCUGUAGGGGCAGCGGACCGACCCAGAACCACAACAAGGGACUCCAGCGGUAACGUCGGAGAGUUAAUCCAGUCACGCGGUCACGACACGCCCGUUAGAAAUCAAGACCAACUGGACUAAUGGGUCACGCCAACUGGACUAAUGGGCCACGCCAACUGGACCAAUGGGUCAUGCCAAGUGGACUAAUGGGCCACGCCAACUGGACUAAUGGGUCACGCCAACUGGACCAAUGGGUCAUGCCAAGUGGACUAAUGGGCCAUGCCAAGUGGACUAAUGGGCCACGCCAACUGGACCAAUGGGUCAUGCCAAGUGGACUAAUGGGCCAUGCCAAGUGGACUAAUGGGCCACGCCAAGUGGACUAAUGGGCCACGCCAACUGGACUAAUGGGCCACGCCAACUGGACUAAUGGGCCACGCCAACUGGACCAAUGGGUCAUGCCAAGUGGACUAAUGGGCCAUGCCAAGUGGACUAAUGGGCCACGCCAACUGGACUAAUGGGUCACGCCAACUGGACUAAUGGGUCACGCCAUCUGGCCAGGGGGACUCAAGCAGCCGGUUCCCUGCCACCUGUCUGAGGGCGCACCUGACUGCUGGGGCCGAACAGCCCUUGUGUGAUGCUGGGACUCACGCUGCAGUUGAACACAGCUGUCGCUGCCAAUAUAAAGCUUCUCAACACUAACACGUUAUAACAUUAACUCAUGGCUCUGUGUUUCUGGGAGUCCAGGAGGAAAGCCUGCACAUCAACAGCUGUGUGCAUAUGUUGCAGCUGUCAAAUAUGUGGGAAUAAAACAAUUAAACACUGUUCAUUAAUAGACACUGUUCCUGCGAAUGACGAUAAAAACCCAGCAUUAAAAAUAAAUAAAUGUGAA